AACAUUUGACUGCCAGUUCUAUCAAUGUGUUGAAGAUUCGUUGAAAACUAUGAGGGCAACUGACUGCUUUGAUGUGUCACUACAGCUGCUUCCCUAUUCAUUUUUCCGUCCACUUCACGGAGUCCUCAUUUGCUUUGGAAAAUCACUGGUCAGACUAAAUUUGAGCGGGAACUAUUUGACUGACUAUGCUGUUAAGGAAUGGCUGAUUCCUGUUCUUAAAAGUUGCACCAACCUAAAGUAUUUGGACGUUUCUUCGAAUGAACUCACUUCUUCGUGUUUGGAACAACUCGGCUGUGUUCUACGGGGAAAGUCCCUUCAUGAAUUGUCUCUUUCCUACAAUUGUUUCUCUGAUUGUUUUUCACAAAGUAUUUCUACUUUGUUGAUUGGAUUGACGAGCCUUGUCAGUCUCGGUUUAAAGGCAUGUUCAUUGCCAUCCGACCUGUUCGAUGAUCUGGGAUUAUUGGAGGCAUUGAAAGGUUUGACAUGUCUUGAGAAUUUGGACAUUUCCAGUAACCAGUUAAGUCUCCCCUCUGUGAUGGACAUUUUUUUCAGAAGGAGCAUACGUAGACUCGAUUUGUCGUCCAACGUGUUUCCCUGCUCCCUAAUUUUAACCCCGUCGAUAGCACACUCUCUUGGGAAAAUCAUUUUGUGUAACUGUUCAUUGACGGACCACAUUUUUUCCUCCUUCUACGAGUAUUGUUGAUGAAUUAUUAUAGUAGCAAUCUGAAAUGUGUUAAGCUGAUUGAGUUGGAUGUGUCACACAACAAAUCUUUAAAAGUGUGCUCGCUUCUAAAAUGUCUUGAA